GACGUUUCUCGCUGUGUUUUGGCAACAAUCCAAGAUUUUCGUUCAACAAAUUCUUCGCAUUUUUAUUCCCAGCAAAAUUUUGAAAUUUUUUUGAAUCUCUUUGCAUGCGGCGCACGGCGAGCUAAAUGUAAACGUUAGAGAAGAAAACCCAAAGACCACAAACCAUAGAACAGAAUAAAAGUGCUUUCCUUAGUGCCGUGUGCUGUAGCUAGUUGGUGGCUGUGCGUGCGAAUAGCAAAUGUACAGAAAGUAGAUUUUUCAUUAGUAAUUUGUUUAUUAAUAAAAUAAAAUUCUCAUUCACGUUUGAAACGAAAAAGUGGAAAAAUGUUCCGACGCACAUUUAAAGUAACUUUCCGUCCAAUGCGGAACAAUUUCAUACAAUUGCCGGAGAAUUACUAUGAACUGGUGUCCACUUAUGACAAAGGAUGCAUUAGUCUGACCUAUGGAAAGUACUGCCACUAUGCAAUGUGGAUGCCACACGCGGGCACAGUCAAAGACACUGAAAUUGGGAUCAAUGCCAGAGUUGCCAAGGAAAUGGGUUUGAAGGAAAAUGAUUUGGUGAAAUGUGCCCUGGUGGACGAUGUGCAACUUCUGAAGAGUGUCUAUGUGACACCUGUGUCAUCGAAAGACUGGGAAAUUAUUGAACUGAGCAGUGAGAAGCUGCAGGACAAUGUACUCGAGCAGACUAAGAUCAUCAACUCAACACAGUUUCUUGUGGUUUGGGUGAAUAAGUCGAUGCAAGUCACUCUGACUGUGGAUCGAAUUCGACCCAACAUCAACUUUGGCCGAAUUAACCACACCACAGAACUAGUCAUUGCCCCAAAAGUCGAGAACAUCACCAACGGAUUGUCAAGCUCGAAUGGCAAUGGCGAAAGUCACACUAAUGGCCUCCAUAAAAGUCAAACCAUGUCAUCGGUGGCAAGUUCCGAUACUGGUCUGUCUCGCUCCACCACAGUCAGCAAUGUCAAAAGCCUGACCCGCAAGGAAUCGGUAGUGCAACGCCUAUCGAUGGUUAAUCGAUUGGAGAAAAUGCGUCGUCUCAUCAAAGACCUAAAGAGAGAAAACACCCGCACCUUUGAGUUCCGGGCGAUUGCUGGGAAAUGGGAAGACGAUAGUCAAAUCUCGGAUAUUUAUGUCACCAAGAACAACCUCCCCGAGUUCAUGGAUCUCGAUCAGGUCUAUUGCCUUCGAACCGCCGAGGAUGGUGAAUACUAUGUGACCGUUAAAGUAGUCACCGAGAAUGAGAACUUCCCCAAUAACAUCCAUCAAACCAUCGAAAUCAAUGAGAACCUCAUGCAACUGUUGAAAAUGCGGGAACUUGAAAAAAUCACUCUAACUCCAAAACACAUGGUUUUGAAUUUUGUGGAAAAAAUCGAACUCUAUUCGCACAAGAAGACCCACUAUAAGGUUGUGGAGAAUUCCUUUAAGCGGUUCAUUGCCGAUAAGACUAAACUAUCGCCUCUGCUGCUUAAUCAAGAUGAAGUCAUUAAGUUGGAAGAGGGAUUGAUUGUGUCGAUACUGAUAAGUCCGGAGCAUUUUCGUUAUGCUCUUGUGGAUUCACAGCUUUUGAAGGAAUGUAAGAUCUAUGCAUGUGAUUUGAUUAAGAAUGCUGGGGAUGUGUUGGAAGUAGACCCCAAAGAGGACACUAUUUUGAGCGUUAAGGAUUUGAUUAAACUGCCGGAGUUUGAUGACAUUGUGGUUCAACUGGUGGAUCAGUUGAAAAUGAAUUUAUGCUUGGAUCAAAGAAAUUCGGUCUUGAGGCAAGGGAAUAUUUUAGUUGCAGGUCAGUCGGGUUGUGGUAAAUCUGUAAUUGUGGAGCGAGUUUUGGAUGAAUUGGUCAAGAAGCCUUAUUCGUGUUCAUAUGACAUUUUCUACAGUACUCGCAGUAAAGGAAGAAAGACUGAAUCUAUACAAAAAGAUCUCCGUGAGAUUUUCACCACUUGCCUUCAGAAUGCCCCUGCGAUCGUUGUCCUAGAAAAUCUGGAUGUUUUGGCCCAUUCGACUGGCGAUCAACCAACUCAAGAUAGUGAAUACUACAAUCGUAUCGCCGACAUUGUCCAGCAUUUAAUUGUCGAGUACACAGCGACUAAUCCUAUUUCGGUGAUUGCUACCGUCUCAAGCUUAAAGAAGCUAAAUCGUCGACUCUAUUCACCACGAGGACGUCAUCUCUUCCAGACGAUUGCAAAAGUACCGACAUUGGGAAGAUUGGGUAGAGAAAUGAUACUUCAAGAGCUGUGCAAUCAUAUCGAUUCGGAAAAACUGGAUUUGGCGAGGUUUGGAAAUUUGACUGAGGGUUACAAUAAGGGGGAUUUGGUGCAGUUUGUUGAGAGGGCCAUAUUUUAUGCUUAUAGAAUGAGCAAAACUAAUCCCAUUUUGACGAAUGACCAUUUGGCCAAAUCACUGGAGAGUACGAAUUCGUAUUGUCUUCAAGGCAUCAUCAGCAAUAAUAAACCCAGCGAUGCCAUUACUGAUGUUGGUAUGAAGGUUGAACAGAUUCCUGGAUUGGAAUCAGUUGUGACGGUUCUUGAAGAAGUCUUAGUUUGGCCAACAAUUUAUCCAAAAAUAUUCAGUGAUUCUCCGUUGCGUAAUCAAGCUGGUGUACUUCUGUUUGGACCACCUGGUACUGGCAAAACUUAUUUGGUAUCUCAGAUUGCAAAUUCAUGGAAUUUAAGAACCAUUUCUGUGAAAGGACCCGAGCUACUCGCCAAGUACAUUGGUCAAAGUGAGGAGAAUGUAAGGAACCUAUUUACUCGUGCUCGUAGUGCCAAACCCUGUGUCCUAUUCUUUGACGAAUUCGACAGUUUGGCUCCUAAACGUGGUCACGAUUCGACUGGUGUUACAGAUCGUGUUGUCAACCAACUUCUGACCGAAUUGGAUGGUGUUGAAGGAUUACAAGGUGUAACCGUGAUUGCAGCAACAUCUCGUCCUGAACUACUCGAUCCGGCUCUUUUGCGAUCUGGUAGAAUAGAUCGUCUAGUUGAGUGCCCGCUUCCAGAUACCGCUGCACGAUUGAGUAUAUUCAAAACUUUGUCGAAAACUCUGUUCUUGGAUAAAAAUGUGGAUCUGGGAAGACUUGCAUCGAAAACACAAAACUACACUGGAGCUGAUAUUCAAAGUAUAUUGACUUCAGCAAAUAUGGCAGCUGUGAAGGAAGUACUCGAGAAAUGUGGUCAUCAGAAUUUACCGGACAAGAUAACUGUGACACAUGAACAUUUAAUCGAAGCUUAUAAAACAACGAGGCCAUCACUUAGUCCGUCAGAUGUUUCACGUUAUCGACACACAUACGAACGAUUUACGAAUAAGGAAAAGUCUUCCAGGGAAUUUGUAUCAAAGAGAGCUACAUUAGCGUAAUAACGAACAAAAUUUGAGUACCUAUAAUAAUAAGUCAAAGACGGUACUUUAAUCGACUAAUUUACAUCAUUUUUACAUUUUGAGUGUGGUAAAUUACAUAAUAAAAAUAACUAAGCAAAAUAGGUGAUGAAAAGAACAAAUCAAUUUAAGUUUGAAAUUUUAUAAUUUUAUUUUAAAAUGUUAUGAUUUUGGUUCAGGUUAUCCAUACAGUACGGUUCACUUAGAAACUACGUUAUGAGUCCUAUGAAUUAUAUAUUUUUUUGAAAUGUCUAUUGCCAUAAACAAAAAAAGCUAACAUUUGUAUUCUAUUCCUGACCAAAAAUUUUGAAUUUUAUUAAACUGAAGUUUACAGCCAUUAAGCCUUUAACUUUUGACCCACGUUUUUCCAAUGUGAUUGUCCGAUUUAAAAACUAUUUAUUUAUUAAUAAUAACAAUUCAUAUAAAUACAAACACUUGUUUUUGUAUACAAUCUGAAAGUUAUAAAUUAAAAAGAAUAAAUUUCCAUUUAUUUACCUAAUAAGCAUUUCUAGCAUUUUACUGGUUUGGUAAUCCAAAUUAAACAAAUAAUUUAUUUGGCAUAGAAUUGUGGAAUACGAACAGUUUUUAAAAAAGCUUUUGCGACAACUUUAUUUAACUUUAAUUUGUUUCUAUAAAUAGAUACACCCAACAAAUACCACAUAAUAUUUAACGGAAAUGUUUCUUUCUAUUUCAAUAUUUUUUUUUAAUCAAGUGAACCGUACUGUACUUAUCUCAAGUAUGAAUAAUCUUGAAAGUAAUAAUUAAAGUGUGAUUGUAUUUAUUUAUUUGAUUAUAUAAUAAAACAAAGUUUACACCUUUCUAUUUUGGGACAAAAAAGAAAA